GGGCUGUUGCGUGUUUGAAAGAGGGAGAGGAAAUUACUGACAUGUUCCACGACUCAACAGGGGACUCAAAUACUCAGAAUAAUAUAAUAAUAUUAUUUUUUAUGGCUUAAAAUUACUGCUGUUGUAUACUUGAAGUGCACUUGCUAGACAACGCUACUCUUAAAAAAAAUAAAAAAUAAAGUGUAAAAUCAUUUGAAAUAGGUGAAAAGUGGUGGAUAAUCUAGGCUACUAAAGCGGUGGAGAAAAAAACCUUCAAUAGAAUUACAGGCGCCAGAUUGUAGUUUCUUGUUGGAUCAGUAACGAGGAACCGCUGAAAGGACUGGUCACAUCGAGACGGGAGUUGAAUCUGGGUUCAACGAGAGACGGAACAGACGGCUGUCUUUUUGUAGCCUACCGGCGAAGAGACAUCAGGGCGAAGUAACCCACGACUUCGGCUAAUUGAAAGCUGUGGGGAGUGACGGGGUGCGGAUCAGCAUGGAGAGUGCCCUGACGGCCAGGGACCGGGUGGGUGUCCAGGACUUUGUCCUGCUGGAGAACCACACCAGCGAGGCGGCCUUCAUCGAGAACCUGCGCAAGCGCUUCAAGGAGAACCUCAUCUAUACAUACAUCGGCUCAGUCCUGGUGUCGGUGAACCCCUACAAGGAUCUGGAGAUCUACACCAAGAACCACAUGGAGCGCUACCGAGGCGUUAACUUCUACGAGGUCUCUCCCCACGUCUACGCGGUGUCUGACAACUCGUACCGGUCCAUGCGGACGGAGCAUAAGGACCAGUGUAUCCUCAUCUCGGGGGAGAGCGGUGCCGGCAAGACGGAGGCCUCAAAGAAGAUCCUGCAGUACUACGCCGUGACCUGUCCCGCCAGCGACCAGGUGGAGACGGUCAAGGACCGCCUGCUGCAGUCCAACCCUGUCCUAGAGGCUUUUGGAAACGCCAAAACGUUGCGCAACGACAACUCCAGCCGCUUCGGCAAAUACAUGGACAUCCAGUUUGACUUCAAGGGUGCACCGGUGGGGGGACACAUCCUCAACUACCUGCUGGAGAAGUCACGGGUGGUGCACCAGAACCACGGAGAGAGGAACUUCCACAUCUUCUACCAGCUGAUUGAGGGGGGUGAGGAGGACCUGCUGCGGCGCCUGGGCCUGGAGAGGAACCCCCAGCAGUACCAGUACCUCGUCAAGGGGAACUGUCCCAAGGUGAGCUCCAUCAACGACCGCAGCGACUGGAAGGUGGUGAGGAAGGCCCUGUCUGUCAUCGGCUUCAGCGAGGACGAGGUGGAGGAGCUGUUAAACAUUAUUGCCAGUGUUCUUCACUUGGGCAACAUUCAGUAUGGAGGAGAAGACAGCGGCAAUGCCUACAUCACUACAGACACACAGAUCAAAUACCUGGCGAGGUUACUCGGUGUGGAUGGCUUGGUCCUGAAAGAAGCGCUCACACACAAGACGAUCAUCGCCAAAGGGGAAGAGCUGAAGAGCCCUCUGAACCUGGAGCAGGCGUCGUCGGCCCGGGACGCCCUGUCUAAGGCCGUGUACGGCCGCACCUUCACCUGGCUCGUCAACAAGAUCAACGUCUCCCUGGCUUACAUGGAUGAGACUUAUAAAAACGCUUCAGUCAUUGGCCUGCUGGAUAUCUAUGGUUUUGAAGUCUUCCAGCACAACAGUUUUGAGCAGUUCUGCAUUAACUACUGCAACGAGAAGCUGCAGCAGCUCUUCAUCGAGCUCACCCUCAAGUCCGAGCAGGAUGAGUACGAAGCGGAGGGAAUCACGUGGGAGCCCGUGCAGUACUUCAACAACAAGAUCAUCUGUGAUCUGGUGGAGGAGAAGUUCAAAGGCAUCAUCUCCAUUCUGGACGAGGAGUGCCUGAGGCCAGGGGACGCCAGUGACAUCACCUUCCUGGAGAAGUUGGAGAAUACUGUGGGAGGCCACGCCCACUUGACAACUCACAAGCUGGCCGAUGGAAAGACCCGGAAGGUGAUGGGCCGAGAGGAGUUCAGACUGCUGCACUACGCUGGAGAGGUCAACUACAACGUCAACGGCUUCCUGGACAAGAACAAUGACCUCCUCUUCAGGAACUUGAAAGAGGUCAUGUGUAUGUCUGAUAAUAAGAUUCUGACCCAGUGCUUUGACCGGGCGGAGCUGAAGGACAGCAAGAGACCUGAGACGGCAGCGACCCAGUUCAAGACCAGUCUGGCCAAGUUAAUGGAGAUCCUGAUGUCCAAGGAGCCGUCGUACGUGCGCUGCAUCAAGCCCAACGAUGCCAAGCAAGCAGGACGGUUCGAUGAUGUUCUCAUCAGGCAUCAGGUGAAGUACCUGGGUCUGAUGGAGAACCUUCGCGUGAGGAGAGCUGGCUUUGCCUACCGCCGCCACUAUGAGACCUUCCUCCAGAGGUAUAAGUCCCUGUGCCCGGAGACCUGGCCUAGCUGGCAGGGCAAGCUGGCAGACGGAGUCUCCACACUGGUCAAACACCUGGGUUACAAACCUGAGGAGUACAAACUGGGCAGAUCCAAAAUCUUCAUCCGUUUUCCAAAGACCCUGUUCGCCACAGAGGACGCGCUGGAAACGAGGAAACACAGCCUCGCCAGCAAACUGCAGUCAUCCUGGAAGGGCUACAGCCAGAAGACCAAAUACCGCAAACUCAGAUCAUCAGCGGUUGUGGUCCAGGCGUGGUGGAGGGGCAUCCUGGCCUGUAGGAGGGCACAGCGCAAGAGGCAGGCCGCCAACACCAUCCGCAGGUUCAUCAAAGGCUUCAUCUACCGCCACAAUGAGCGUUGUCCUGAGAAUGAGUACUUCCUGGAUUAUGUGCGCUACUCCUUCCUGAUGAAGCUGCGCAGGAACCUCCCCAAGUCGGUCCUGGACAAGAGCUGGCCCACGGCGCCGACCGCCCUCAUCGAGGCGUCGGAGCAGCUCCGUAAACUGUACAUGCAGAACAUGGUGUGGGGCUACUGCAAGAGGAUCAACCCAGAGUGGAAACACCAGUUGGAGCAGAAAAUGGUGGCCAGUGAGAUCUUCAAAAACAAGAAGGACAACUACCCCCAAAGUGUCCCAAAGCUCUUUAUGGGCACAAGACUCAAUGGAGAGGAGAUUAACCCCAAGGUGUUGCAGUCACUUGGCAGUGAGAAGAUGAAGUAUGCAGUCCCAGUGACCAAGUACGACAGGAAGGGCUACAAGGCGCGACCAAGGCAGCUGCUGCUCACCUCCAACUGUGCCGUCAUCGUGGAGGAGGCCAAGCUCAAGCAGCGCAUCGACUACGCCGCCCUCAAAGGUAUCUCAGUCAGCUCUCUCAGUGACGGUGUCUUCGUACUGCACGUGCCCACUGAAGACAAAAAACAGAAGGGAGAUGUGGUGCUUCAGAGUGACCACAUCAUCGAGACCCUGACCAAAGUGGCCAUUUGUGCCGACAAGGCCAACAGCAUCAACAUCAACCAGGGAAGUAUAACUUUCACGAUGGGCCAAGGUAAGGAAGGGAUCAUAGACUUCACCUCUGGCUCUGAGCUGCUGGUUGCCAAGGCGAAGAAUGGCCACCUCUCAGUGGUGAGUCGGAAUAACGGAGGGAUAUAAAGCGUCAGUCCUCCCCUACAGGACUAAUACAACUGCCCCUCGACUGAACUCAAGAUGAUAGACAUGGCUGAUCAUCUGACCACGCCAAGGAAGUCCUUCCUGGAAUACGCUCCUAUUCACCAAUCACAACCACAGACCCUUCUCUGCCUAAGCCAAUCAAAUGCCAGCUCUAGCUACAGGAACGGGCAUGUGCUUCCAAUUAAGAGAAAGUCAAGCGAUUUAAUUAACUGAUAUUUAUGUUUUAUAUAUUUUGGGGAUUAAUGCUUGUUAUUUGACUAUUACGAUUUUAUUAUAUGAAGCCAAGGAAUAACAAUGUUUUGGUGCAUUUUUCCUGCACUACUUCUGCUUAAUUUGGGAACAUGAACAAGCAGUCAAUGAGGGUGUAUCGGGUCUCCUUUUUCUUUUUCUUUCAGUCAUUCUUUUUUCACAAUAUUAUCUCUGUUCAGUAAUGUAGACGUUGCACCCUCUCUGAUACUACUCUUAACUGUUUGGGUGCAGAGGCUUUUGUUAUAGUGGAAAUGACGUAGAUGGCUGAUGGUAUGUAGAGGCUAGGUUUGUUUUGAGCUAUCGAGGAGCAGGGAGUUUGGUAGAGAAGGUCAUAAGGAAGAGGUUGUUUUUUUUUUUCCCAAACUUGUGUCGACUCGGACACAAUGCUCUUGAGGUUUUCCAUCCGAGGGGAUAUUAGCAGAAAAGUCAUGUGCGUGUGUGACCUUUUGACCCAGAGCAUACUGGCCAGAAUGUGGAGUACAUUUGGUCUGUGCAGUGCCAUAGAUCUCUAAAUCAUUGUUUGAUGUAAAUAUCAUGGAGGAGCCCGAAUGGAAGCGUAAACCAAAGCAUUUUGGUGAUGAGAAAUGUGUUUUUAUAAUUGAUUUAUAAUGGAAACUGGUCUUUACAAUGUAUAAUAGAGAUAAAGGAAAAAGGCAAGAGAAAGAAAAUGGGGGGUAGUAAAGAAUAGAAUAGUCUUUGCGUUUUAUCUCGUUUUCCACCCAACAAUUGUGCCUUUCUCCUUUACUAAGUUAUUGUUAAUGGAUUAUUUAUAUGUUGAUACACCAAUUAAACAAUGACACUUUGGGGAUGACCUUGACUCCUCCGUUAGAGCCAGAUGUCUCCUAUACCCUCAGGAUGGCCUGGAAAGAGAGAGAAAGACAUGCAUACUGUACACACACACACACACUUACACUUCACUCCAAGUUAGACCUCUAGAGUUGAAGCUUUUUGGAAAACACGCUAUGAUCCAUUUGCUUUCCUUUUGUGUCACGUUUCCAGGCUGCCGUUUCCGUACUCUGGGUAAGUGUAGCAGCUCUCGUCAGGCUAUAGUACUAGUCGGGACAACGUUCACUGCUUCUUUUAACACAUUUACCAUUACUUUCCCGACGACGAUUUUUGUGCUAUCCUUUGUGACAGGGGCGAUGGUACAGACGAAUGCACUACAUAUUGAUAUAGAAUCUGUCCACAGUGUUACGUUACAAUACAGCCUCACUGUUUCUGGCGUAUCGACAACCGACAGCUCAGCCCUCUCAACAAUGUUUUUAAUGUUUUGAUUGGCACUUCUGAACACAGGCCUUCAAGAGAGAAGAGGCCUCAUGCACUGCAGUAAAUGCAAUCGAGACUCUUCCUGGUGUUUUAAUACCUACGUCAUAGCAUAUACAUCAUAGCCACGGGUGUUCUUCACAGAAAGCACACGGAUCAACGGUAACAUCCUCAGGAACACUUAGCUAUCUUUGUAACAAACCAGAGGUGUGUUGGUAUAACCCACGUGACACUACAGUUCAUAGAUGUGAGUUUUAAUCUACACACCUCUCCCCAGCAGACUUUCUGAGCAACGUUUCACUCUUCAUGUUUCUGUGCUGCUUCUUCCCUUGCUUUGCCUCUUGAGUGCCCCCCCUCCUAUGACCAAGCCUCUGAGCUGUGUACAGCUGGCAACCCAGUGAAAGAACGGUAUGACAGGUGCAAUAUGCCUAAUUAAAGGUGUGCUACUGCACUGACGCUAGCCAAAGACGCAAUAGUUGAUGAAAUGUCUGUUAAUUGUCUGUUGUAUGAUUAUAUGUCAAUUUAAAGUGUUAUUAUUUUCCUGGUGGAAGAUGUGUGCUUGGUUAGUCUGGUCCCAGAUUGGUCUGUGCUCUCUUGCCAAUGCCAGACAGCGCAAACAGAUCUGGGACCGGGCUAUUGUGUUCUGUGCUCUAAUAAGAGAUUUGAGCCAAGUGAGGAUUUGUAAGUGUAACAUUCAUUUAGACUUGUUCAAAAAAAUUGUGUGUUGUAAUGUGCCUUGAGUUUAAUAGAAAUUACAACCCAUUUUGUAUGGAAUUCUGUGACCAAUACCUCCUCGACAAUGUCACUUAUUCCAGAGUAAAAACUAUAUAUACCCAAAAAAUCGGAUUCCUCCUUUUUAGAAUGUCAUAGAAGUUUCUCUAUAAAGCCUGUCUUCAAACCAAAUCCUAUUUUUUAAUCAUUUACAAUACACAAGUUAUCAGUCCUGAGUGUCUGUAUGCACCAUCAUGUAGAAUUAGACCAACACGCUAAAGAUAAAAUGUAAAAAAUAAACUUUAAAUGAUA